GCAGGGCCGGGGUUUAAAAGAGCCGGAGGCGCAGGCGGCCGCUUCGUUCUCCGUGCGCUCCGCUCUGCCUUCCCCGCAGCCUCGGCGGGCUCCUCCAGCCUCCCUCCGCCGGCUCUGGGCUCCGCCGGGCGGGCACCCGCGACCCCCACCUCCCGCGGCCUUCUCCGGCGCGCACCGAGCCCUGCCCAGGGCGCACCGGCUCCCGGCGCGCUCCCCCUUGGACUAAGCUGCUGCUUCAGGGACUUCGCCCCCCAGGGCCACCCGCCUCCUCGCCCCAUGGCGACCCUGCUCCUCGCCGGCUUCCUGGCCCUGCUCUGCGCGCAGCUGGCCCAGCCGGCUGGGGUGUUUGAGCUCCAGGUGCACCGGUUCCGCAGCAGCGCCCCCAGCCUGUGCCCCGGCACCAGCCCCUGCUGCCUUUUCUUCCGCGUCUGCCUCAAGCACGCCCAGGCUGUCGUGUCCCCCGAGCCCCCCUGCACCUUCGGGGCCGCCCUGAGCGACAUGGUCCCUGCCGACCGCAACGCUGUGGCCACCAGCGCGCCCAUCCGCGUGCCCUUCCACUUCAAGUGGCCGGGCACCUUCUCCCUCAUCAUCGAGACGUGGAGAGCCGAAGCGGGCGAGCCGUCCACAGAGGACGCCCAGAACCUGAUCAGCCGCCUGGCCACGCGGCGCCGGCUGGCGGUGGGUGAGGACUGGUCCCAGGACGUGCAGCUGGGCGAGCAGAGCGAGCUGCGCUAUUCCUAUCACGUGCUGUGCGACGAGCACUACUACGGCGAGGGCUGCUCCGACUACUGCCGCCCCCGCGACGACGCCUUCGGGCACUACGCCUGCGACGAGCUGGGCGCCCGCAUCUGCCUGCCCGGCUGGAGGGGGGAGUACUGCUCCGAGGCCGUCUGCCUGCCGGGCUGCAGCGAGGGGCACGGCUACUGCGAGCGGCCCGGGGAGUGCAAGUGCCGGAUCGGCUGGCAGGGGCGCCUGUGCGACGAGUGCGUCCGCUACCCGGGCUGCCUGCACGGCACCUGCAGCCAGCCCUGGCAGUGCAACUGCCGGGAGGGCUGGGGCGGCCUCUUCUGCAACCAGGACCUCAACUACUGCACCAACCACCGGCCCUGCCAGAACGGCGCCACCUGCACCAACACGGGCCAGGGCAGCUACACCUGCAGCUGCCGGGCCGGCUUCACGGGCACCGGCUGCGAGAUCGAGACCAACGAGUGCGACAGCAACCCCUGCAAGAGCGGCGGCAGCUGUGACGAUCUGGAGAAUGACUACAAGUGCACCUGCCCCCAGGGCUUCUACGGGAAGAACUGCGAGAUCAGCGCCAUGACCUGUGCCGACGGGCCCUGCUUCAACGGAGGCACCUGCGCCGAGAAGCCCACAGGCGGCUACACCUGCCACUGCCCCCUGGGCUACCACGGCUCCAACUGUGAAAAGAAGAUCGACCGGUGCACCAAUAACCCGUGUCUGAACAGUGGCCUCUGCCUGGACGUGGGCCGCCGGGUGCUCUGCAAGUGCCGGCCGGGCUUCGCCGGCACCCGCUGCGAGCGCAACAUUGACGACUGCGCCUGCAACCCCUGCGUCAACGGCGGCACCUGCCUGGACGGGGCCAACAGCUACACCUGCUCCUGCACCCUGGGCUACGGCGGCAAGGACUGCAGCGUGCGUGUGGACGCCUGCGGCUCCAGCCCCUGCCUCAACAGCGGCACCUGCUACACCCACUUCUCCGGCCACGUCUGCGAGUGCUCCGCCGGCUACAUGGGCCCCAGCUGCGAGUUCAAGGUGCAGAGCCCCACCCCGGCCAGCAGCCGGCGGCUGGCGGUCGACGACCCCUUCCCCAUGGCCCUGGCCGUCUCCUUCGCCCUGGGGCUGGUGACCCUGGCCCUGGGGGUGUGCGCGGCCCUGGCGGUGCUGCGGCAGAUGAGGCAGGGCCGCAAGGCGGUGAAGGGCGCCGUGCGGAACGACCUGGACACCAUCAACAACCUGAAGGAGAGGGAAGGGUUCCUCGUUGCACCCGGGCGGUUCAAGGUGCCCAACAAAGAGCCCAAGUUUGGCAGUGACGGCCUCCGGGACAAAUUCAAUUGCAAGCGGAAGCUGCUGGAUCUCAGCGGGGACGCCGCCGGCAAGAAGAAGCCGGAGAAUAAGAAAUCGGAGCCGAUCUUCUCCCGUGCCCCUGCUGGGUACCCCAAAGACGGCCCCUAUCGCCCUAUUUAUAUUAUCCCGGACCAGACAGAGCCGUGCAUCUUUGCCACCGAGGUUUAAGAGUGGCCCCCCGACCUUGGACCUGUGGCUCCGUCCCCCCCCAGCCCGCCCCGCUAAAGAAUGUUUACAGAGAUGCCUCCUCGGACGCCUGGAUCAGCAGCGGACGACGUACUGUUAUUUUUUAAUCUAUAGAUGAUAAAUAUCAACUCCUGUUUGUUUUCUAAAGAGAAAAAUAUUUAAUAUUUAUUCUUGCUGCUAUGUGAGUUGGGGGGUGGGGGGGGACCAAAGGAACGGAGGAAGGUUGGGAAGGUGGAAAGUUGGCUGUGGAGGGGGUGCGGAUGUCUCUUUUGGCGGGGGGGGAGGUUGUUUUGGGGGGGAAGCUGGAGAGUAGAGGGAGGGGGGAUGUUGCACUCGAGAUGCAUCAGGAAGACGGUAGAGCAGUAGUCAGAAAAGGCCGGUCCUUUUCCAGCAGGGGGCUGCCAGGAAUGGAUUCUUGUUCCUUUUGCCCUGGCUUUUUAAUUAUGAUUAUUAAUUAUUAUUAUUAUUAUUUUAAUGCUGUGGUUUUGUCUCAGACUGCUUCCCUGUCGAGCUGAAGGAAGGAAGCCCCGCCCCUUGCCACUUGGCCAAUCAGAGCGGUGGAUGGGGAUAAGCCCCUCCCCCCAUGCAAGGGGCGGGGCCACGCGCUGAGACCGCAUGGCUGCAAGCUCUCGACGCCCUUUAUGUGCCAGAGAUGGGUUGGAAGGGAGGCGGUUAGACGGGACGCUCCACUAAUGGAUUCUUUUGCUUUCAGGAACCAAUGGCGCGAGGGGAUAGGAACGACUCUUUAAAGCGUUACAAAGGUGGGGGGUGGGGGGAGGAGAAAAAUCUUUAAUGAUUUUUUUAUUAUGAUUAUUAUUAUUUGAAAACUGCGUUUGUUUUAAUUUAAAACAAAAGAAGUGCCGUGUACAAAAAGCUUUUUGGAGAUACUCUAUAUACAUAUUUAAAUUGUAUAUAUUGUAUAUUUAUAAGAAGUGUCCUGUACAUAUAUCCCUGUCUGUUUCCCGGAUUUUUUUUUCCUUUUACAUUUUUGUAUGUCCCCAUUUUCUCUCAAAAGAAAUAUAUAAAAUAUCUAUUUUGCUCAGUGAAAAAAAAACAGUUUGAUGCUUU